UGAUGCACAACUCCCCGUUCACCGUUGCCGGAUUGUCGUCCUCGACGUCCUCACACCAUAGCCCCAACUUGUCGAACUUAAAUUCAUGGGGGAGUUCGAGUACGAGCGGACCACUCGCGUCGUCUUUCAGUGACUCGCUUUCACAGUCUAGAAGUCACUAUCAGUCAGGUUACCUCAUGGCCGCGUCCCAGAACAAUGACGCGCCUCAAGGAAACCAACGUGUUGAUGAAGUUCCUGUCGUGCAGACGAAGGCGAAAAUGAACCAGAUUCUAUCUCGAGGGUCCACAACAGAAUUUGGGAUGGACUCCAUGUUCCAGAGUAGCAGGCAACGACAGACGCUCGCAGAUGAGGAUGCGCCACCCAUGAGCUCAAUUAACGAUAUACCUAACGAAAUCAACGUGGAUCCCAGUCCCAAUCGCUUCCAAACAAGAGAAGCCGCCACCGAAUCACCCUUGUUCUCCUCGCGUCGCAAUGCUCCUACACCUCCUUCUGGCCCUUCACAGCCCGUCUACAUCCUGGUGUUUGGAUACCCGCCAGACAAGUACAGCGUCACGGCUGAAUACUUCAAAUCUCUCGGCGCAUCCACAGAGCCCGACCAAAAUUUGGACCUUGUGUCAUGUUUCAGGAUCGGGUACUACGACGGUGGCGACGCCAUGAGAGCCGUCCGUAAAAAUGGCGAGGUGCUUGGUGGCAGCUUCAUGGUCGGCGCUAAAUGGGCGGACCCUGUCCAAGCCGAAUCUCUCCUCGGCCAACCAAUCCUCCGGUCAACCUUUACCCCUCCAACUCUUGCUCAGCAAGCCAGCGGAGACUCGUCAUCAGGUAAUAAUGCCAUGGCAGUUGACGAGCCUUUCGCCUCUCCACACGCAACUGCGAGCACACCUACCGUCGGCACGCCCAUCAAACUCGCACCUUCGACCUCUGCCUUCCGCAAGCCCGGUGCUCCUUCGAAGCCCUCCACGUCUCAGCGCAAGGGUUGGGGUUCCGGCGUAUUCAGCAGCUCCGCCUCUGCGCCAGCGAUGAUGGGUCCUGGCUCGCAGCCUCUCGCUGCCGCCCCUCCACCCCCUCCAAGCAAGAGCGUUAUGGGCCAGAUGUCUGAUCUGAUCUUCGGGUGGUAGU